AUGGCCAGUUCCCAUCGCGCUGUUUCCAAGCCGAAGGUAGCGUCGAAGGGUUCCAUUGGGGCUUAUAUGCUGGAACUGCUGACCUGGAACGGCUCGCCUUUCAAAGAUCACUGGGCAUAUUUUGUGCGCUCGAACACCGAUCCUGACAUUGGGGUCAAGAUACAUGCGACCGGUGAUGUGAGAAAUGGCUUUGAGUUUGAAAUUAAGCGCAGCGAGAACUUGCAACAAACCGACGAUAUUCCUUCGACAAGGACCCCGCUGCAGUGGAUCGAUGCGGAGUAUUUUGAUCCGAAAGCGAUGCUCAACAACGGAAAAUACAAGAUUGACGACGUACCCGUUUGUCACUUUGAGAGAAGUGUUUACAAAAUAAAGGCUCCUGGAAAAGGCCUUAACAUAGUCGGCGAUGAAAUCAAACUUGGGAAAAAAGUUAUCCUGAGAGAUUGUCAGACGUGGAUUCUCGAGUCCGCCAACCAACUUCUUUGUGACAAGAUUCUCAGCCAGGAAGUUGUUGAUUAUCUACACACAAUCAAACAAUAA